UUUCACACCAGCAGAGUCCCAGAGAGAGGAAGAUGAAUCUCCUGCUGUCCGUCUUGGUGGGGAUCUGCUGUUGGAGGCUCAGUUCUGCAUACUCUGAUGGAUCUGUAGCUGCUGUCUGUGACUCCAUGCUGCCAGGACACAUUGGGAUCAAUCCUCAGACCACCACCCCGCCAUACAGAGUCAGGGUCAACUGCAGCACUUACGGACCAGGAGACCGCAUCACAGUGACCCUGGAGGCCUCGCAGAACGGGACGAACUUCCAGGGCUUCAUGCUGCAGGCCCGCCGAACAGCCGGCGGGACGGCUGGGGGCUCUUUCAGGGCCACAAACACCAGCCAGUUCAGACUCCACAGCUGCUUCAACAUGGAGAACUCCUCCAUCAGCCAUGCAUCUGGAGAACCCAAAAGCCUGUUUGAAGCCACAUGGGUUGCACCUCUUACUCCUUCGCUGGGCAAUAUCCAGUUCUGUGCAACAUUUGUGAGAGAUUAUGCAGAGUUCUGGACCAUGGUCAGCAGUGGCAUCUUAUCAGAUGGCUCAGUGAACAAAGUUUCAGCUGACGCCAUGUGUUUCUGCGUCUUGGCUGCACUUGCAGGUCUCUUGGGCUUCUUCUAAUUAAUCGUAGAUG